UUCAUUCGGAUGAUCUUGUAGUUCGGUCGUUCGGUCCGUCACAUUGCUCCAAGCUUAUUUGAUUUUCCUCGUGUUUUAAAGUAUUUUAAGUUUUCUGAAAAUAACUCGUUAUAAUGGCCGCAAUUAGUUUACUUAAUCCCAAAGCUGAAUUAGCUAGGGCGUCGCAAGCUUUGGCAGUGAAUAUUUCGGCCGCAAAAGGAAUUCAAGAUGUCAUGAGGACUAACCUCGGUCCUAAGGGAACAAUGAAAAUGUUGGUUUCUGGUGCUGGAGAUAUUAAAAUCACUAAGGAUGGCAAUGUACUCCUACACGAAAUGCAAAUUCAACAUCCGACCGCCUCCCUGAUUGCACGCGCCUCGACCGCUCAGGAUGACGCGACUGGUGACGGUACCACAUCUACUGUGCUCCUCAUUGGAGAGCUUCUCAAACAAGCUGAUAUUUACAUCAGUGAAGGUCUUCACCCUAGAAUUCUAACAGAAGGCUUUGAUGUUGCCCGCAACAAAGUGUUGGAAGUUCUUGAAUCAAUCAAAAUCCCUAUUGAAGCUAAGAGGGAGGACUUACUUGAUGUUACCCGCACUGCACUCAAGACUAAGGUACAUCCUAGUCUAGCAGAGGUACUCACCAACGCCUGUGUGGACGCAGUGCUGACCAUCCGCAGCCCCGACAAGCCUGCUGACCUGCACAUGGUGGAGAUCAUGGAGAUGCAGCACAAGACUUCCACUGAAACCGCUCUCAUCAAAGGUUUGGUAAUGGACCACGGCACACGCCACCCUGACAUGCCAAAGCGUGUGGAGAAUGCCUACAUCCUGACAUGCAACAUUUCUUUGGAGUAUGAGAAGACUGAAGUCAACUCUGGAUUCUUCUACAAAUCUGCUGAAGACAGGGAGAAGCUAAUUUCUGCUGAGCGUGAUUUUAUUGACCAGAGAGUCAAGAAGAUUGUUGCUUUGAAAAAGAAGCUGUGUGAUGGCACAGACAAGAACUUCGUCGUCAUUAACCAGAAAGGCAUUGACCCUCUCUCACUGGAUGCGUUCGCCAAAGAAGGUAUCAUGGGUUUGCGUAGGGCCAAGAGACGUAACAUGGAGCGUCUUGCAUUAGCUUGCGGCGGUAUCGCUAUGAAUUCCGUCGACGACCUUACCGAGGAGUGCCUUGGAUAUGCUGGUCUUGUUUACGAACAUAUCCUUGGCGAGGAAAAAUAUACUUUUGUAGAACAGUGCAAGAACCCUCAGUCUGUAACUAUUCUUAUUAAGGGACCAAACAAGCACACACUGGCGCAAAUCAAGGACGCUGUCCGCGAUGGUCUGAGGGCUAUCAACAAUGCUAUUGAAGAUAAAUGUGUUAUUCCUGGCGCUGGUGCCUUUGAGAUUAAAGCUAACUUAGAACUGUUGAAAUAUAAGGACACCGUCAAGGGAAAGUCUCGCCUCGGUAUCCAGGCGUAUGCUGAAGCUUUACUAGUGAUUCCAAAAACCCUUGCUAUCAACUCGGGUUAUGACGCGCAGGAUACUAUAGUCAAGCUGCAGGAAGAGUCCCGUCUGAGCCCCGAUCCGAUUGGUCUCGACCUGAGCACAGGUGAAGCCAUCAAGCCCACUGAUUUGGGAAUCAUUGACAACUAUGUUGUUAAAAAGCAAAUCCUUAACUCCUGCUCUGUUAUUGCUAGCAACCUCCUCCUUGUUGACGAAAUUAUGAGAGCAGGUAUGAGCAGUCUGAAAGGAUAAUUGAAAUUACUAUAAAGUAUCAUUUUUGGGAUCAGCUGUCCUCUUAUUUUCAUGUAUAACAUUGUUAUUAAUAAUUUACGCUAAGGUAUUAAUUUCACUUUAUACACAACAGCAUUUGUUUUAAUUCAUUGCAUUUUAUUUUCGUUUUGAAACGAAUGAGCUUUAGCUUUAUCUAAUGUUUCACUACUACAAACUUAAUAAAUAAAUAUUUACUAAUAAA